AUGAAUUAAAAUAACGUUGGCCUUAUGAAUAGGAAAUAUUAAUGUAUUAAUACUGACUAGAGAAUAUCACUCCUAGUGGAUAUUUUAGUUGAAGGAUUAUCAAUAAAAGAAGCUGCAAAGAAGAAUAAUAUUAAAUUCUCUUCAGCAAAAGUAAUUCUAAAACUAUUUAAACAUGAGGGACGUAUUGGAAAACUUAAAGAAAAUUAAUUAUCUUAAGUAGAUGUUAGUUCAUAAAUAAAACAAUAAACUGUAGUACUAGAUGAUAAUACACUAUUAUGUUAGAGUCUUUUGAAAUAAAUAGAAGAUAUUAAGACUAGAAACAAUUAAUUGCAGUAGACGCUGACAAUUUAUAAAUAAAUAAAUAAUUAAUUUAAAUAAGAAUGA